UAAAAUAAGCACUAAUUAGCUUAUUAGUUUCAGAACGGUUCUCUUCUUUCAACUAUUUAUAUGCGAAAUAUUUCAUGAUCAACAUGUUUAUUGAGAUAAGUCUUCUUCUUCUGCUUCUAGCAAUACUUGCAAUUUACUCUAAGAAACCUAAACGGAUGCCUCCAGGAUCAUUCGGAUGGCCCAUUGUGGGAGAGUUGCCCCCAUCUGGUCUUUCCCCUACGGAACAUCUGAUGAAUCUUAGAAGGAAACUUGGCAAAAUUUUCACAACGAAGUGGGGUUCUCAUCGCAUCGUGGUCGUCACCGACUACAACCUCAUCAAGAAGGCGUUCAACCAUCCCGACAUCCAGGGACGUCCGGCAUUCGUCUCUUUUGAUACACUCUGCCAUUUCAGAAAUAUUGGUAUCAUAAACAGCCAUGGUUCAGUGUGGGCCGAGAACCGUCGGUUCAUGUUGCGCCACUUGCGUGAUCUCGGGAUGGGCAAAACAGCGCUCGAGGGCUCCAUUCAACAAGAGGCCGAGAUGCUGGUGGAUCACUUGGAUAAAACCUGCGUCGGCAAGCCUGCCGUCAUGGAUCUAUUUCUUAACUGUGCUGUAUUCAACGUUAUCUGGCAAAUGCUCGCUAGCAAACGAUAUGAUGCCGAUCAUGAAGAAAUGUUGAGGCAUAUUUCUUUACUUCAAGAGAAUUUCAAUGCGAUUCAAGGGACAUUCUUUCUGAUCGACUUAUUUCCUUGGCUGGCAAAGAUAUUGCCGAAAAUAAUCAUGAACAAAGUGUUCAAAGCUGAUGUCAUCAUAAAGAAUCGAGAUAAAAUCCAGUUGUUGUUCAAGGUCGUCCAGUUUUGUCCGCCGAACCAUCAGUAUUAA